AGGUAGCACCAAUAUAUAAUGUUCUAUGAUGGUCUCAAAAGAUGAAGAAGAGCAAGUCUGUGAAGUUGAAAGUGAAGAUUGCACAACAAACGGAGUAGACCAACCCUUGCCAAAUAAAGAUGUAGUCUUUGUUAAUGCAGCGGAGGAGAUUCCUGAAUAUCGAAAGCAGCUGCUUCUUGCGAAAGAUGAAAUGGCCAAUGUUGCAGACAUGUACCAGCAGGAUUACUUGGACAAAGUAGAACACAGAGUUGACCUUGCAAAAGAAGCAAGAUCAAAAGCUGUAUCCUGUUUGGUUGAUGUCAGCAAAAGAAUCUACAAUUUAGCGGGCUGUUUUCAACAACUUUUAGAUGACCAAGUGGACAAACUGCAAGAAAUUGAAAACAUGACGGUUACAGCAUCUGCAUCAUUAGAAAUAUCCUCAUGUUAUAGUCUCAGAAAUGAGCUCCACUUAAGAUUUCCCGCUGCCCACCUUACUAACAGUCAGCCCAGAUUAACCCUUCCUGAUAACAACACCCUUCCAAACAACGAAUUUUUGGGGAGGAAAAAUGUUAUCUGGGAGAAACUGAACUACAAUAAGUAUGACAGAUUGGGUGCAGGUUUGAAUGAAUUUGAUGGAGCAGACGAGGAGUCUAUGUAUGUUGAGCCCAGCGUACCCAAAUCAAGGUCGCAGCAGUCUCUUCAAAGUACGGGAAGCAGUAACAAAUCAUUUGUUACUGCCACUUCUGCUUUAUCACCUGUCCCUAAUUCGAAUCACAGCUCAUUACAAGCAAGAGACACGCGUCUUUCUGCCAGUUCUAUAGAUAUCAGACAACCUAAGAGCCCGGCACUUAACCGAUACGGCUCUCUCACCUCCCUCACCUCCCUCAACUCUUCAAAGAGCGACACUAAGAGUAGUGGGGCACCAGCCUCCUCAAAACCUGUUGCCACCGUCAAACGAAGCCUAUCUGUAGGUUCCCGAUAUAAAAGCAAACCGUGUCGUACUCCUGCAUGUCUCAAUGUUCCUCGUUCACUAAAACUGCAGCCGCACAGGGCGGCCCCAGCACCCCCACCCGCCAAACAAUACACGACGCGAAACCGGGUCUACAGCGUUAAGAACGAGACAGGUGAAGGGUUGGAGAAACCCAGUAUCCCGGCUCCAAGACCACCGCCAGUAUUUGAGGAGGAGGACCACUAUGCAAUACCUCCCCAACAUCGCAUGCCUACUCUCAGCGAGGAGCGAGGAACCCCCACCCCCACGGCUCCAGAUGAAGUGAUAUACGAUGACGUGAGGACGCGCGGCGCUCCAACAGCUGCUGUCCCAGCUGCUCCUGUUGCUCCUCCUCUACCUCAAUACCAGACUAUAGCUGUAGCUGCUCCCGCUCCUGUUCCUGAUAACGAAUACCCAGAGGACGAUGAUAUUUACAUGGAUAUGGACGAGAUAGACUCUUGUCCCCCGACUCCCACUCCUCCUCCCUCCACUCCUCCCUCUGUCACCAGCCCCACUACCCCCGCUGAGGACCUCUAUCUGAGUCCAGGAGCUGGUCUCUUCGGAGGACCCAAGAGUCCUGGUCUCUCCAGAGUACGCUGCAAUACAGGAGAUGGUCUCUUUGGGGGUCCCAAGAGUACUGUGGUUACUCAUUACAAGAAGAAAAGUCUGAAUGCUGGGCCCCUCAUUAUUGCUCCUCCUGACACCAUCCCUGAAGAUUCGGACAGUGAGUUCGACGACGAAGACUAUGAUGCGGAGGUUGAAGACGACGAGGACAUCUAUCAAGACGUAGAUAAUAUUUACGAUGCUCCUUCGCUACGAUGCUCCUCCUUGAUGACGUCAGAUGAAGUUACCAGUCCGAUCAGUCUGCCCUCGCCUCUUUCCACUCCUUUCCGUCCUCUCGAAGAAGAAGACGACCUAUACAUAGAUAACGAGCUACUACCACCACCGGCGCCGUCUGACUUACCGCCACCUGACGACUUGCCGUCACCGUUUGACGACGGGGCCCUACCCCCACCACCCCCUGAUAUACUGCCACCGCCUUACCCUGACGAGGACGAGGAGUUGUAUGCUGACAUGUACCCUGUGCAAGAUGGAGAUGAUAUCUACACUGAUAACACUAUUGAUAAUCAUGAUAUGGUAGAAGAGCCGUUGUAUGAGGAUUUGAGUACCUUGACAUCAUCUGAAACUGUUAACACACAUACCGUGUCCGUUUCUAAAGAUAGUGGAUUUUACACAGAGGAUCAGGAAGAAGAGGAUCCUGUAAUAGAGAAAGUUCAAGUGAUAUUCCCGUAUGCAGCGACAGCGUCAGAUGAACUGAACUUAAAUCCAGGAGAUAUUGUAUCUGUGCACGUGAAAAACCCCGACGGUUGGUAUGAGGGAAGUCUGAAUGGAGUAAGAGGACUUUUCCCUGGUAACUAUGUGGAAUCUGCGGAGUGAUCGGAAUUUUGGGCCGUAAGGCAUGUCUGGUCAUGUUGCCGUGGAGUUUUUGGUGAAAUUGAGAUUGAGUUUCGUUUUUAAUAUGAUCGAUAGAGCUCCGAAACUUAUUUAGGUAGUGCACUAUUUUUAGAUUAAUGUUGAUGGGAGUUGAAACCUUUUGUAUUUUGGUAUUUUAAUAGAUAUAGAAAUUGAUGAAAAAUAUAAAUAAGUUUUUACCUGUUUUUACAUAUAAAGUGGAUGUGUAAACACGGACAAUAUGAACUCUAAAACUGUUCAUUACAACAUUGUGAAUAGCCUCUCAAAUAAGACAAUUUCGAUAUCACGAACUAUCAUUGUAUGCAUUUGUAAUUUAAAGUUAUCCCUCCUUGAUGUGUGUACAACAUCUGACUGUUGCACAAAAUCUUGAAUCUUUCGAAAAAUUUGACUUUGAAUUUGAUGAUUUUGGUAAUUCAGAUCUUGUAUUUUGAUUAAUUUUAAACAUUUUUAUUACAAAUGUAAGACAAAGUUUUAUUUUCAUAAUAAAUUGAUUGAAGCCUUAUGUAUAUGAUUUUUCUGUAA